AAUCGUCGUCAUUUCGAGUUCAAGAUUUGUGAAUACCAUUGAAAUAAUUUUAAUUUCAUUUGAAAUAUUGAAGCAUCAGCCAUAUAUUCAACAAAAUGGAGUCCCGUACAUUCAACUAUGCUGCUGAAGUGAAAGAAGAAUUCAAUGAUAUGCAUUAUUACGAAAAUGAUAGUGGUGAAACGGAAGAACAAUCAACCGAUACUAAAAAUUUGCAAUUGCUCAGAUGUCUGCAAGAGAAUACCAAUAAUACGCUUGAAGAGCACAAAGGAAUCGAUGAAUUUCAACCUAACCAAGGUAUUAAAAUAGAAUUCGAGUGCAAAGAUGUGAAACCCGAUGUAAACUUAUUAGUACCUGUUAAAGUGAAUGCUUGUUCUUAUGGGUUUGAUGAAUAUGAUGAUGUAAAAAUUAGCGAAAAUCUUGCAACUCAUUCCUCGAUUAAAGUAGAAACUGAGAGCAUAAUCAAAGAAGAAUUUUACAGCGAUACUAUGAAAACUAUAGAUUUAGAUACUGGAAGUAAACUGAACGGACAGAAAAUGAAGAUGUGUCCUUUAGUAAAGAGAAAAAAACAAUCUAUGCAAUGCAAGUUGUGUUUGAAAAAAUUUUCUUCAAAACGAAAUCUAGAGAGACAUAUUGAUACGGUGCAUAAGUGUAUCUCUUACCCGUGUGACAUUUGUGGAAAAUCAUUUAAAGGCAAAGCUUUCCUCAAAAUUCACAUUAAUUCAUUGCAUAAUCGUCAAAAAUCUUACAACUGCGAUAUAUGCGAAAAGUCGUUUGUGCGUAAGCAUGGUUUGAGAGUUCAUAUUGAUUCGAUACAUAAUCAUAUCAAUCAUCCAUGUCACACGUGCGAAAAGUCAUUUUCAUUCAAGAGUGCUCUGAAAACUCACAUUGAUAUGGUGCAUAAACGUAUCACUUACCCAUGUGACUUUUGUAAAAAGACAUUCUCACAAAAAAGUUAUCUUGGAGUUCAUAUCGACUCAUUGCACAAUGGUCGAAAACCUUACAACUGUGAUAUAUGUGGAAAGUCAUUUUCCCAUAAGGGUACUAUGAAAACUCAUAUUGAUAAUGUGCAUAAUCUUAUUGCUUGCCCGUGUAACAUUUGUGGAAAGUCAUUUUCAUACAAUAGUUAUCUCAAAAUUCACAUUGAUUCAGUGCAUAAUGGUCGAAAAUCUCACCACUGCGAUAUAUGCGGGAAGUCAUUUAAACAAAAGAGUCAUCUGAAAACACAUAUUAAUUCGAUACAUAAACGUAUCUCUCACCCGUCUGAUAUUUGUAAAAAGACAUACGCUCAUACGCUCGAAGAACACAGAGAAAUGAAUGAUUUUCAAUCUAACCAAGAAAUUAAAAUAGAGUUUGAGUGCGAAGAUGAAAAAUCCGAUGUAAAUUUAUUAGUAACUGCUGAAGCGAGCGAAAGAAUUCAUGAAUUUCAACCUAACCAAGAAAUUAAAAUAGAGUUUGAGUGCAAAGACGUGAAACCAGCUGUGAAUUUAUUAGUACCCAAUAAAGUAAACGAUUGGUCGAACGAUUUUGCUACUAAUUCCUCAAUUAAAAUAGAAACUGAGAGCAUAGUCAAGAAAGAGUUUCUCAGCGAUAUUAUAAAAAGUAUAGAUUUCAAUACUGGAAGCGAACUCCAUGGAAAGGAUACCAAAAUUAGUCCUCAAAUAGAGAAACCCCAAAAAUCUAAUCAAUGUGAGAAAUGUUUUAAAAAUUUUUCUUCAAAAAACAGUUUGAAAAACCACAUUGAUAUGGUGCAUAAACGUAUCACUUACCCGUGUGACAUUUGUGAAAAGAAUUUUAAAAUCAAAAAUUAUCUGAAGUCACAUAUUGAUUCAGUGCAUAAUGGUCGAAAAUCUCACAGCUGCGAUACAUGCGGAAAGUCAUUUGUACAAAAAAGUGCUUUUAAAUUACACAUUGAUUCUAAGCAUAAUCGUAUCAGUUACCCAUGUGGCAUUUGUGGAAAAACAUUUGUAAAUACAAGUAAUCUCAAAGUGCAUACGGAUUCAGUGCAUGAUAAUCGAAAACCUCACAGCUGCGAUGUAUGCGGAAAGUCAUUUGCACAAAAAAGUAAUCUGAAAAAUCACAUUGAUAUGGUGCAUAAACGUAUUGCUUACCCGUGUGACAUUUGUGGAAAGUCAUUUUCAUACAAUAGUUAUCUCAAAAUUCACAUUGAUUCAGUACAUAAUGGUCGAAAAUCUCACAACUGCGAUAUAUGCGGGAAGUCAUUUACACUAAAGAGUAAUCUGGAAACACAUAUUAAUUCGAUACAUAAACGUAUCUCUUACCCGUGUGAUAUUUGUAAAAAGACAUUUUCCUAUAAGGGUAGUCUCAAAUUUCAUAUUGAUUCAGUACAUAAUGGUCGAAAAUCGCACAACUGCGAUGUAUGCGGAAAGUCAUUUGUACAAAAAAGUAAUCUGAAAAAUCACAUUGAUGUGGUGCAUAAUUGUAUUGCUUACUCGUGUGACAUUUGUGAAAAGUCAUUUACAAAUAAGGGUUAUCUCACAGUACAUAUCGAUUCAUUGCAUACUGAUCGCAACCCUCACAGCUGCAAUACAUGCGGAAAGUCAUUUUCAUUCAAGCGUGCUCUGAAAAUCCAUAUUGAUACGGUGCACAAACGUAUCACUUACGCGUGUGACAUUUGUGAAAAGUCAUUUACAACUAAGGGUUAUCUCAGAAUACAUAUCGAUUCACUGCAUAAUGGUCGAAAUCCUCACAGCUGCAAUACAUGCGGAAAGUCAUUUGUACAAAAAAGUUCUUUAAAAUUACACAUUGAUUCUAUGCAUAAACUUAUCAAUUUCCCAUGUCACAAGUGUGGAAAAACAUUUGUAAAUAAGGGUAAUCUCAAAGUACAUACGGAUUCAGUGCAUGAUAAUCGAAAACCUCACAGCUGCGAUGUAUGCGGGAAGUCAUUUGUACGAAAAGGUUCUCUGAAAAUCCAUUUUGAUACGGUGCAUAAUUGACGGAAACCUCUCUACUGUGACAUUUGCAAAAAAUUGUAUUCU